AUGUCUGAAGAAAAAAAAGUCGCCACACAACCAGAAGAACCAGCCGGAAUACCUCUGGCUGCUGAACAACAUUCUCUCAUGGAAAUGGCCAGAAGUAUUCUCAAUCCAAAUGGUGAAAAUCCUCGUAUAGAUGAGUAUAUUACAAGUACAUUUUCAUACAUCCUGGCUCUGUUAUAUAAAGUUGCUACAGCUACUGAUAAAGAUGCAGCUGCAAAGGCAAUUGCUGAUGAUUUGAGUGAAAAAUUUGACAGAUGGAUGGAGUCUAGAAAGGAACAACAAAAGAUUGAAGAGAUCAAGGAGGAUGAAUCAGCCAAGUAAUCCUAAUUGGUAGGAUAUGUAAAGACUGAUGAAGUAUGUCGGUUAUUAUAUGCUCACUAUGUUAGGACAUGAUAACAGAACUAACAAAUUCCGUUCUAUGUUGUAAAAAAGAAAAGUCCCAUUGUACUCUGUCGAAAAGAAAAGAAAAUAUAUUUGCAUAUAUACAAUCCAAUUUAGUUUCACUAAAUAUAAAAGAAUAAAAUAAAUACGGUAACUGACC